CGUGCGUGUUACCUGUGCAUUCAUCCACGGCUCCGCGACCCGCUCACGCUGCCUGUGCAUCGACUGAGCGGGCAUUAGAUCAAAGGAGCCGAGCGACCCUCCGGAGCAACAAGGUCAAACACUCCGGUCCCCCCCCCCCCCCCACCCCGGUUGAUAAGAAGGUGCAUUACAGCCACCACAACAACGCGGUGCGUGUGUGCAUGAUGCGAGGCUGAGCAGGAGGAGGAGGAGGCUGCUGCGGUCUGAACCCAGAUUUUUUAUCCCUGGAUAUUUUCGACACGGGCGUCGUGCCGUUUGCGUACACGGGCUGCGUGCGUGUGUGUGUGUUUGUGUGUUUUAAUAUGACACCGAGUGCUCCCCGCCGCCUCUUCCCAUCCCGCGUCUGAGGGGUGGGGGGGGGUCUCACCCGUUCUCUGCCUCCCGAGGACCCUCCAGCAAGGGGACGUUGAGCGUUUUUUCUUCCAGCCAUGGAGAGUGAAGAUGCGGAUUACAGAGGAAUCCCCGCCGCUGCUGUAGCCGCAUCGUACACCCCGACACGGCGCUGUUUUCGGCAGGACUAAGCGACACUAUGAAUACACAUUUUCAGCCUAGAGGAAUAAAUCAGUGAAUUUAGUCCGGAGCACGGUUGGACUCUCCCCACUAGGAAACGUGUGAGAGAGAGAGGGCGCUAUCCCCGCUAGCCUGUGUGUAGUAACGCUAGCUUCUAGCUCCUUUAGCCGGCUAACUGCUAAAAGGUGCUGGCUGGGGAAUUGAAAAGCGGUUUCAUAAUUCCGGCCGGGCUUCGCCGAGCCUUUCCCUCCCUCAACAUUUUUAUUCACAGGGUCUGGGGGGAUUCACUCAUUCCAGGAAUGAGGUCUCGAACAGAAAGGAACCGCUUGACCUUGUUUUGGGGUCUGAUGCUGGGUCUGUCGUCCUGCCUCCGGCCCGCCACCGCAGAGAUCUGUGGUCCCAGCAUCGACAUUGGCAAUGAUAUCAGUGAAUUCAGGCGUUUAGAGAACUGCACAGUGGUGGAGGGCUACCUGCAGAUCCUCCUCAUCGGUGACAAAAACAACAAUAAUAUCAACCUGGAACAUUUCCGCUCCCUCAGCUUCCCCAAGUUGACCAUGAUCACUGACUACCUGCUGCUAUUCCGGGUGUCGGGCCUGGACAGUCUAAGUGCGCUCUUUCCCAACCUUGCCGUCAUCCGAGGACGUAACCUGUUCUACAACUACGCCCUUGUAAUAUUUGAGAUGACCAGCCUGAAGGACAUCGGCCUGCACAACCUGCGUAACAUCACCCGUGGUGCCAUCCGCAUUGAGAAGAACCCUGAGCUGUGCUACCUGGACUCUAUAGACUGGUCACUCAUCUUGGAUGCAGAGUUCAACAAUUACAUUGCCGGGAACAAGCAGUCCAAGGAGUGCAGUGAUGUUUGUCCAGGCAUCAUGGAGAAUAGUCCGCAGUGCAGAAAGACCAUGUUCAACAACAACUACAACUACCGCUGCUGGAAUUCCAAUCACUGCCAGAAAGAAUGCCCCGAGAAGUGUGUUCAGCGAGCGUGCACAGCGAACGGCGAGUGCUGUCACCCUCAGUGUCUAGGCAGCUGCACAGUCCCCCUUAACGACACAGCAUGUGCUGCAUGCGUGCAUUACUACCACCAAGGACGCUGUGUGGCCGACUGCCCUCCCGGCACCUACAAGUUCGAGGGCUGGCGCUGCAUCAGUGCAGAGCUUUGCUCCAAAGUCCACCUUCCAGAGUUCGACAGCUUCAUCAUCCACAGUGGAGAGUGCAUGCCAGAAUGCCCGUCUGGGUACACACGCACUACACUCAACAGUAUGACCUGUACAGCCUGUGAUGGUCUGUGUGAUAAAGUGUGUGAGGAGAAGGUCAUUGACUCCAUGGACGCUGCUCAGUCUCUCAAAGGCUGCACUGUUAUUAAAGGCAACCUGCAUAUCAACAUCCGCCGAGGCCACAACAUGGUGGCAGAGCUGGAGAGUUUCACUGGUUUAAUUCAGAGGGUGACGGGAUACGUGCGGAUCCGACACUCUCACACUCUGAGCUCCCUGGCCUUCCUCCGCAGCCUCAGAUACAUCGACGGAGAAGAACUUCUGGAUGACAUGUACGCCUUCUAUGCGUUUGACAACCAGCAGCUCCAGUAUCUUUGGGACUGGAAACAGCACAAUCUCACCAUCAAAACAGGAAAGCUGUACUUCAGAGCCAACCCGAAGCUGUGCAGGUCUGAGAUCCGCAACAUGUGGAACAAAACGGGUAUCCAUGGCCGCUUUGAUGAGAGCGAUUUCCGAAACAACGGCGACCGAGCCAGCUGUGAAAGCACUAUCCUGACGUUUAAGUCCAACACCACCAGCAGCACACGGAUCAAACUGAUCUGGCAGCGGUACCGACCUCCUGACUACAGGAACCUCAUCAGCUUUAUUGUCUACUACAAGGAGGCGCCAUUCCAGAACAUCACAGAGUUCGAGGGGCAGGACGGCUGUGGCUCCAACAGCUGGAACAUGGUGGACGUGGAGCUGAGGCUGGACAAGAACUCUGACCCUGGUGUUCUGCUGUCUGGUCUGAAACCCUGGACGCAGUAUGCCGUCUUCGUCAAGGCUAUCACACUGAUGGUUGAGGACAAACAUAUGCCGAGUGCCAAGAGCAAGGUUGUCUACAUCCGCACAAGACCCUCAGCGCCCUCCAUGCCUCAGGAUGUGCGGGCAUACUCUAACUCCUCGACGCAGCUGCUUGUGCGUUGGUCGCCCCCCAUCGCACCAAAUGGAAACCAGACUUAUUACCUGGUCAGAUGGCAGCAACAAAACGAAGACAGAGAGCUGUACCAACACAACUACUGCUCUAAAGAUCUGAAGAUUCCCAUAAGGAUUGCUGCCAUAGGUGUGGGAGACCAGGAAGAGGACACCAAGCCCACUAAACCGGAUCCUGAGGGGGGAGAUAAAGGUCCAUGUUGCCCCUGCCCCAAGUCAGUGGAGGACCUGGAGGCAGAAGCUGCUGACGCCUCCUACCGAAAGGUCUUUGAAAACUUCCUGCACAACUCAAUUUUUACACCAAGGCCUCCAGAUCGUCGCCGCAGAGAUCUCUUUGGCAUCGCCAACUCCACUCACUCCCACCGCAACCGUCUGCACACCAACAGCAGCACUGUCCCUCCUCUCCAGGCCGCUGUUAACAGCAGCACCCUGGCUGACGUGGAGCCAGCUGACAGAGAGUUUUCUUUCACGGAGCAAGCUGUGACGGAGCGCAGGCUGCAGAUCUCUGGCCUGCAGCCGUUCACUGUUUACCGCAUUGACAUUCACGCCUGCAAUCGACAGGUCCAGCGUUGCAGCGCGGCAGAGUUUGUCUUCUCCAGAACCAAGCCUGCAGAAAAGGCUGACGACAUUCCGGGCCAGGUGACCUUGGAGGGCCAUGAGGACUGGGUGUUUCUGCGCUGGCCAGAGCCACCACGACCCAAUGGACUCAUCCUCAUGUAUGAGAUCAAGCUUAAGCUGGCUGCUGAGACUGAGAAACACGAGUGUGUCUCUGGUCAGAUGUAUCAGGCCCAGCGUGGCGUUCGGCUUUCCAACCUCAGUCCAGGAAACUACUCAGUCAGAGUGAGAGCCACGUCGUUGGCUGGCAACGGCUCCUGGACACAUGUUGUGGAUCUCUUUGUAGCUGAACGAUAUGAGAAAGUCCUCUAUGCUAUGAUCUUCAUUCCCAUCGCCAUCAUCCUCUUCAUCUGCCUGCUGGUCACAAUGCUGGUGGCCUUCAACAGGAAAAGGAAUAGCGACCGUCUUGGAAACGGAGUCCUGUAUGCCUCAGUCAAUCCAGAGUACUUCAGUGCUGCAGAAAUGUAUGUACCAGAUGAGUGGGAGGUGGCGCGGGAGAAGAUCACCCUGAGUCGAGAGCUUGGCCAGGGCUCGUUUGGCAUGGUGUAUGAAGGCCUGGCGAAGGGCGUGGUCAAAGACGAGCCAGAGACACGAGUCGCCAUCAAGACUGUCAACGAGUCCGCCAGCAUGAGGGAGAGAAUAGAGUUUCUCAAUGAAGCCUCCGUCAUGAAGGAGUUCAACUGUCACCAUGUGGUUCGUCUCCUGGGAGUGGUCUCUCAGGGUCAGCCCACUCUGGUCAUCAUGGAGCUGAUGACACGAGGAGACCUUAAGAGUUACUUGCGCUCCCUCCGACCUAAAGAGCAGCAGUGGACGAGCCUGUCUCUCCCUCCUCUGAAGAAGAUGCUUCAGAUGGCAGGGCAGAUCGCUGAUGGCAUGGCGUACCUCAACGCCAACAAGUUUGUCCACAGAGAUCUGGCAGCCAGGAACUGCAUGGUGGCUGAGGACUUCAUCGUUAAGAUUGGAGAUUUUGGCAUGACCAGAGACAUAUAUGAGACGGAUUACUACCGCAAAGGUGGUAAGGGUCUGCUCCCUGUCCGCUGGAUGUCACCAGAGUCCCUGAAGGAUGGAGUCUUCACGAUUAACUCUGAUAUUUGGUCUUUUGGGGUUGUACUGUGGGAGAUUUCCACUCUGUCUGAGCAGCCGUACCAGGGUCUGUCAAAUGAGCAGGUGCUCCGCUUUGUCAUGGACGGAGGGCUGCUGGAGAAACCACAAAGCUGUCCUGACAUGCUGUUCGAACUGAUGCGAAUGUGUUGGCAGUUCAAUCCUAAAAUGCGUCCAGCCUUUGUGGAGAUUAUCAGCAGCAUCAAGGAUGAACUGGAGCCGUCGUUCAAAGAGGUUAGUUUCUUCUACAGCGCUGACAACAAGCCGACCGAGGAGCAGCAGGUCCACCUGGACAAAAUGGACAGCAUUGAAGAUGUUCCUCUGGACCAACCUUCGUCCACACAGCCACAGCAAUCCCUGGUCCCCCAACAGACCCCGCCCUCCCCGAGCUCAGAGGCUCCACCUGUCCCCUCACUGAGCCCCAGCUCCCCUUCCUCUCCCUGUACAUCAACCGCCGCCAUGGACAAGCAGGCGACAGGCCAGCAGGCGGGCAACGGGCUGUCGGGUCCGAGCCUUGCAGCAGGGUCAGAGCUCGGGACAGGCGCGGGCGCCACAAUGCGGCCAUCUCUGGAGGAUCUGCCGCCGUAUGCACACAUGAACGGUGGACGCAAAAACGAAAGGGCCAUGCCCCUCCCGCAGUCGUCUGCUUGCUGAUGGGAUAGACACACCCACCAGACUGCCCCCUGCUGCUCUGCAGGACCUGAUGUCACAGUGGGUGUGAUCUUUUAAAAAAAGUAUUGAUAAUAUAGAUAAAACACCAAAACCAUACCUACUAUCUGGGCGUGGUUACUCAGAGAGGAGCAAAGACUCACAGGAAGUCGGAGGAACUGUUUCUGUUACUGUUAGUUCAUGCUCUGCUGUAACUCCAUUCACUCUUUUCAUAUUAUUCUACUUGAGGUUUCUACCAGCUGGCUGUCAGAUGUGACACUGCCCUCGCUGCUAAGUGGAAAGACCAAAAAAAGAAAGGAAAAAAAAAAAAAACAGUAAAAGACAGGAAAAUAUAAAAAUAAUUGGGGGAGAUCCCUCCGUCUCUCUCUCUUUAUGGAUCAUCUUAUUUUAUAAAUCGGUGUUUGCUACUUUUUUAUAUAUAUUUCCAAACAGAAAGACAAAAUGUAUAGGCCUUUAUAAACAACUGGUGUUUUGAUCCCUUUUGGGCGGGCAUUAUGGUGAAACUGUUAAGCAUAUCAAAUAAAAAAAAAGAUCAGCGUCUUCGUCUGUCGUUCAGUAGACUUGUUGCCGCAGGAUGGGUCUCAGCAUAAUGCCAGGUCGACAGCCAUUCUGCUGAAUCUUAAACAACCAGGGGGAGAAAGGUCAAACCUGCCAAAUUUGUUGCCAAAAUUGUACUUUUUGUCAAAGGAUCUCCUCUGCAGCCUUGCCCUGCAACACACCAGAUGGAAAAUGGAAGAAAAUCAAAAGCACUUGGAUUUGUUACCACACUGUUAGUUAAUUUUUGAUGACAUGUCCCUCUACAGUCCUACACCACUCCUUUAUUGCUGUUUGAUACACACACACAUACUGUACUAUAUCAGAUUGACGUCAUAGACAGAGGUAACAUCAAUUUAUCUGAAAUUCAGCCACAUCCUGUGGCAAGUGCUGUUUCGUUACACUUUAACUGCCAAUACAGUCAAUAAGUCAAAAUAAGUCAAUAAAGAGGUGAGGACUGAAAAGGGAAUGAAGCAUAAAGAAGAAGAUAAAUAUAAACACUAGAUCUAUAAAGGCGUUAGCUCCUUGUUCAAAGACCUUGCUGUAUACAAAAGGGUAUUUUUUUAGACAAGCCACUAGUCUCCAGCAUUUACAACAUCUUUACGUGGGCAGAGCAUUUAUUUACACACCAGUUGUUUUUGUCACUUUUCUAACUUUUGUAUGGUAGGAGACAUUUAUCAUGUACAGAACAAAGCUGCUAUUCCUUAUUUCUCUUGUGGUUGUAAUAUAGUUAAUAUCUAUAUAUAAAAAGAGAACUCCUUCAGGUUGGAUCUAUGAACGUUUCCACUACAGUCCAUUUUUGAAUGCUUGUAACUGUAUAAAGUAUAUCUGACCUAGUUUCUUUUCUGUGUUUGUGUAAAAAAGGUAUGACAAUUGAAAUUGUGUGUUUUCAAAACACCUGUAAUGUCCCCUCCCAUCUGACGAUAGGACAGCGAUGGUGCCAGCGGCACUCAAAGUUCUCAUGUUCUCAUGUUCUAUGGGACACAUUCGAGCUCGGACCUCUAAGGUUUGGACUAGACCACCUCUACCCAUCAUCAUACUCAGAGAUUAAAUCGUCACUGCUGAGUCCCAACUUAAUCUCAGGUCAGAGAGAAAAGUCAAAUCCUUUUCUACGUUCUUUUUUGUGCUGUCAUACCCAGAGACAUCCUGUGUCUCAUUCUAUGUCCCUCUGACUGGGUUAUUGCAUUUUCUCUCAUCAUUAGGCAAGAGCAAUCUUUCUUACAUCAGCCUGACACCAGAAUAGGGUUUCCAAGUUUUCAAUGGGUCCUUGCACUUCAAUGAGUCUAAAUACAACUGAAUAUAUUAAUAAAUAAUACUGUUAGGUAAUCGAAAUGGAUCAAUGGAUUUUUUUUUUUUUACUUUGUUUUAAAGACCCGUCAUUAACAAUAAACUUUUAAUGUUUGUUUUAUAGUUCAUAUAUAUUUCACUCAGUGGAUAAAUUAAUUCAAACUUAGCUUAAAGUUUUAAUUUUUCAACUCCUUGUUUUCCAUUUUCAUGGUCUCCCUUCAAAAUAUAUUCUUUAUAUGUCCCUUGUUUUUCGCGUGUAUCAUUAUUUGACGCUAAAGCAUUUUAGCCAACACACAAACGUCAACAGACUUAGCUAGCUAAUGUGGCUCAAAGCUUUUUUAUUUUACUUGGUUUAUUUAGAUGCAUGCGUCAUUAAAUGACAAACAAAAUUGAUGGAGACAUGCAACACAAAUUUAGAGAUUAAGAGAAUUUAUGAUAACAAAUGCAUGAUGCCUUCUUGCUAGUGUUAGCUAGCUAAUUAGGCACAUUUAGCUGCAGCUGGUUUGCUAGCUGAAAGCGGCUCUUUGUGUUUAGCUAGCAGUACUUUUAGGCAAGCUAGGCAGAUGCUAGGCACACAGAAAUGCUGGACUUUACCUAUUAAACAAAUACUGGACAUGUUCUGUUAUUAGCAACUCAACCUGACUUCGACAAGAGAGCUAACUGAAGGUCCCAUGUGCUGAACAUCUAAGAGUGUAUCAGACAAUAUGAAGAGGUGUAUAAUCAGAGAGGACCACAUAAAGUAGAUAUGUCUCAUUAACUUCAAAACGUGGUGUUUUGAUUUUCGCAGCCCAGAUGUUUUUGGUUAUUUAUGUUACUUUUCAUGUGAAGUGUUAAAUCACUGUACAAAUUCCCCACAAGUUUUUUUUUCCUUCUAGUAUUGUAUGUUCUUUUGCUAUUUCGGGGGAAGGUUUCGUUGUUAUUCAUUCAACCAUCCAUCUACCUCACUGUUUUUUUUUUUUUUUUUUCCUUUUUCAAUCUAUAUACAUGUACAGAAAAAAAAAACAUUUCAUCUCUGUUGUUUGGCUUAAAAUAGUCGUCUUAGUAAGAGCUGUUGAUAAGGUCAAAUUCAAACCAAACCAUUCUCAGAUCAUUCCUAAUAGAUCAUAAAGAAGAGUUCUGUAACUUUGUUGGUUGGGGGGGCUUACAAUAGACUAAAAGGCUGGUUUUAAUUCUCGGAUGUUCGCCUGUGAGAGGCAGUGGCGUGUUCCUCCCUCUUGUGCGUUGCUGUUACUUUACCACAUGCAUCUGUUUUCUGGUGGGUCCUUUGCUUGACAAGAAAAUAGGUCUAUUCUCUAUUUUUUAACAACAAAAUGUAAACAUGUUAUUUUGUAAUGAAACCCAACCGAACUUAAAUAUAAACAAGCAAAACUGAUACUUAAACUUUCAAUUUAGUUUUUGAGUUGCACAAAUUCAAGUAAGUCAUUUCUGGCUACCAUAUGUUUGGAUCAGGUGUGACUUGAGAAACACCUCGAGUGUGAGGAGCUGGAUAAAGAUGUUGUAUUUGUUUUUUUUAUUACCACCAUUACAGGAAUUACAGGUACUGUUCCUUGUGUCUAGACCUGUUGCCGUGGUGAUCAUAAUCCCAGAAAAAAACAUCCUUCUCCCUUUUUCUUUUUUCACGAGUCUUCUUCCCACCCUCAUGGGAAUCAUUGUAAUUUCAGGCUGGGAGUCUCAGUGAUAUGAGACCUCCAGACCAGUCCGCCCACAGCAGCAGACUGUGGUGUUCGCGUGCCGGUUUGAACUGACGUGAUGAGGUCAUGAUGGGUAUUUCAGUGUUUGUGGUCUGAUUUUUGCCUCACUUAAACCCACGAGCACCUCACAGAGCGGACUUCAAAUUGAACAAAUUUCUUCUCUUAGUAUUUUUUGUUACACCGAUGGCCAAUUUGUUACCAAGAUUUUGAUGUGUGUAAAUUAUUCAUAGCCUUCCAGCUCUUGUGUUUCAACUGCAAUGAUCUGUUAGACAAAAGCUCAAUUUUUGGUUUUCUUUUGUACAUGCUGUUGUAAGAAUUUUUCCUGUUAUCAAUAUAAUCGGAGUACUGGGGAAAUGAUUGGCUGAAGGAAAAGAGGAUGUCUGUUUCUCUGAUUCUUUUUUUUCUACAUGAGAUUUAAGAUGAAUAAAAAUGUAUGCAAACUG